GCGGAAGAGGAUGCGGAAGAGGAUGCGGAAGAGGCUGUAAGACACGCUGAAACAGACGUGUGCUGCGGGAGCAGGUUCGACGGGCUGUAAUCUAGAAAGUUCCAGUAAGUCACUGAAGGAGCAGCGACAGUGUAUGUAAACAGUUUGUCCAUAAAGGGAAACAUAUUCGACGUGGGAACAUGUCGGUCAUCUCUGAGGACAAUGUGCGCGGUGGGAGCGUUUUCAAGGAUAUCAGCGCCGACGACGAGGACUGGCAGCCCACUGAGAUAGAGAGCCUGUGUAUGAACUGCUACCAAAACGGUAUGACACGUUUGCUUCUCACCAGAAUACCUUUCUUCAAGGAAAUCAUCGUCAGCUCUUUCAGCUGCGGCAACUGCAGCUGGUCAAACACUGAAAUCCAGUCAGCCGGCCGGAUUCAGGAGCAAGGCGUUUGUUACACAUUGAAAGUCAAAACAAAACAAGACUUGAACCGGGAGGUGGUGAAAGCAGACAGUGCGACCACCAGGAUCCCUGAGCUGGAUUUUGAAAUCCCUCCCUUCACCCAGAAAGGCUCCCUUUCUACCAUUGAGGGCCUUUUAGAUCGAGCAGUUGCGGGGUUGGAGCAGGAUCAAGCUGUCAGACGGGCAACUCACCCUGAGGUGGCCGAGAAGAUAGACGAAUUCAUCCAGAAGCUGAGAAAGCUAAAAGAGGUCGAGAAUGAGUUCACUCUUGUGAUUGAGGAUCCAUCUGGCAACAGUUUUGUGGAAAAUCCACUUGCCCCUCAGAAAGAUGAGGCUCUCACUGUGUCUUCGUUCAAGCGGACCGCACAGCAGGACAUGCAGCUGGGAAUAAGAGCUGAUGAUGACUUGGAUGAGGAGGAGCCGCCCAGCAACGACCUGGAGGCCAUGAGAAAUGAGGUUUUAGUAUUCAACACCAACUGCCCAGAAUGCAACGCUCCAGCCUCGACCAACAUGAAGCUCGUCCAGAUCCCUCACUUCAAGGAAGUCAUCAUCAUGGCCACAAACUGCGACAGCUGUGGCCAUCGGACCAAUGAGGUGAAAUCAGGUGGAGCCACAGAGGAGCUGGGCACCAAGAUCACCCUGCACAUCACAGACCCGUCAGACAUGACCCGAGACGUGCUUAAGUCGGAGACGUGUUCCGUCCUCAUCCCCGAGCUGGAGUUUGAGCUGGGGAUGGCGGCUCUGGGUGGAAAGUUCACCACCCUGGAGGGGCUGCUGAAAGACAUCAAAGACCUGAUCGUCUCCAAAAACCCCUUCAUCUGCGGCGACAGCAGCACCACAGAUCGGGUGCAGAAGCUGAAUGAGUUCGGAGAGAAGUUGGAAAAGAUUAUCACCGGAGAGUUGGACGUCCACAUCAUCCUGGAUGACCCAGCAGGGAACAGCUAUCUGCAGAACGUGUACGCCCCGGAGCCAGAUCCUGAGAUGACUGUUGAGAAAUACACCCGCUCGGUGGAGCAGAACGAUGACCUCGGUCUGAAUGACAUGAAGACUGAGGGAUAUCAGGAGGAAGAUUGAUCUGCCAGCACCAGCUCAAAGGACUAUAUACAUAUAUAUAUAUAUAAUAAUGUCAUAAACCAGUGUAAUUAUAUCACUCUGUUUUCUGCCAUUUUCAUACAUUUUGAGUUAAACACUGGCUGAAUGUUGGUUUCCAUCAGUAUGUUGAUCAGCGAAAUAAAUUCUAAGUUGUCUAAAUUUACAGUGAGGAAAAAAACUAAACAUAAAAACACAGAAGUAACCUAAUUUGUAUCAUGCAAGGAUGCUGCCAUGAUUAAAGUUAAACCCUUGAA